AUGGGCACAGAAUACCCGCGUACCCGUGGCUAUCAAAACCAGCGGGCACCAAAGUGCAUCCGUAGGCACGGGUAUGGGCAGAGUUUUGGAAAGAUGCUGCCAAGUAAGAGGGGUGCUGAUGAUCUUACAAGAUUCUCAGCUGAUAAUAAAAGAAAUUGCAGUGGAGAAGAGGCAACUGACUUGUCGAUUUCGGAUAUCUGGAGUGAGCUGAGUGAGGAAGUUGCAUCAAAGUUGUCUAGAAGUGUUGUCUCAAUUGCUUUGUCCAAUGGACAAAGUGUGCUAUAUGCAUCCUCUGGCAUAGUUAUAGAACGCCAGUGUAACUUCACAAAGUUUGUGACUUCAGCAAGUUUGGUUAGAGCUUUACAUGAUUCUGAAGCAAAUGGCCAUGAUAAGCUUGAGAUUGAAGUACGCCAUGAAGGAAAUGUUGCCAUAGGGUUUCUGGAAGAAUAUGAUUUGGAUCAUGAGAUUGCUGUUGUCAAAGUCAUGUCCGUCCUUGAUGUUUAUUGCAUGCCUCUCAAUCAUCAGGUGCAAUUUGACCCCCAUGGUAGAAAGGUAGUGGCAGUAGGGUGUGACAUCUUUGGCGGAGUAUUGGCCACAAGUGGGACAUGCACUGAUUCACGUGGAUCUCAAUAUAGUCGAUAUGUUAUGUUCUCUACAUGUAAAUUAUCUGAGACUAUGCAGGGCGGCGCACUUUUUGAUUUUUAUGGGAACUUUUUUGGCAUGAACCUCUUUUGGGAUAUGGAAAGACCAAUUUUCUUGCCAAGGAGUAUAAUUCUCGAACGUCUGGGGCAUUUUCAUACAUCCUUGAAAAAGAGUGUAUUUCUAAACCUGGUGAAGCCAGUCAGGGAUAAAAGAAGACGAAGACGCAUAGGUGUGAAACUUUUACCCCAUCCUGGAGGUAGUAUUAAGAUUUUUGGUGACAUAUAUCCUAAUGGUGUCUGGGAUGAACUUAAGGAAGGAGUUGCUCCUCACAUAUGUGGAAAUAUUGUUGCACUUGCUUCGUUCAAUGGUGAAUCAAAAUUAUUUGCAUGCAUGGGAUUUUUUGUUGACUACUAUGCUGAUAAAUGCCCGGCUAUUCUGACAUCAGCAAGCUUGGUUAGGAAUCGUGAUGGCACAAUUAUUGAGGGCUUAAUGAUUGAGGUGUUGCUUCCAAACAAUGAACACUGUGAAGGGAAAUUGGAACAUUAUAGUUUACAUUACAAUGUUGCUCUAGUCAGCGUCAAGAAUUAUAAUGUUGAUUGUCCUGCGAAUCUGAAACAUCAGACGGUGGAUUAUUCUAAGGUAGUAGCUGUGGGCCGUCACUUUGAACCAGAUUUAGUUAUGGCUGCAGGUGGGAAAUGUACCAGGUGGUCAGGCAAACUGGAUUGCAAUGAUCUUCGUUACGCUGCAUGUACAAUCACUAAGGCUGGGAUUGGAGGGCCCCUUGUUGAUGUCAAUGGCAAUUUUAUGGGCAUGAACUACUAUGAUAGGAACAUGGGAACUCCGUACCUGCGGUUUGAUCUUCUCUGCGGAAUUCUGAACUAUUUUAAGACAGGACGAACAAAUUAUGAGAAGAUAGAACCUCAUUCAUCAUUACCUGGUCCGGAGGCCCAUAUUGUUAAAGAUGGCGAGAAACAACCACCAAACAGCUGGAUGGGGGCUGGACAAAGUGAAGAUAUGGAUACCCUCAUGGAUCAAGAUGAAGGUGCAGCUAAUAAUGAACGUGCAGCCAUAGCCAAGCCCAAUAGAUAUUGGUACCGUAAUGGGGCCUUUAGCGUGUACAAGUAG